AUGGCUUUCAUUGAUGAUAUUUUUCUAGCCAUGGGAAACUUCUUGCUGAUCAUUGUAUCUUAUGGCUUCAGCAUCAGAAGCAUCCUGAAAAUUCAGGGCUCAGAAGGGAAGUCAAGAGCCUUCUCCACAUGUUCCUUGCAUCUUGUUGUGGUUGCCCUUUACUACUCCACUAUCACCUACACCUACACCCUGGCACCCUCCGGCUACUUCCUGGAUAAGGAAAAGAUGGUCUCUGUGCUUUACACACUUGUGACUCUGUGCAAGCAGGGCAAUUCCCUGAUCAUCCUGGCCAUUGUCUUCCACCUGCCACUGCACACCCCCAUGUACUUCUUCAUUGCUAACUUGGCUCUAAUUGAUAUGCUUUGCACGUCUGCCAUCCUACCCAAAAUGAUGCAGAACCUGAUGCUUGGGAAGAAAACCAUCUCCUUUGAUGUCUGCAUGGCCCAGCUCUUUACUUGUACUUUGUCAUCUGGAACAGAGCUAGUGCUCCUUACAGCCAUGGCUUUUGACCAGUACAUGGCCAUCUGUUGUCCCUUGCGCUAUGUAACUGUCAUGACCAAGAGUGUUUACAUUGCAUUAGCAGCCAUUGUCUGGGCAGUUGGAGCAAUUAAUUCCUUGGUGCACACCUUGCUCAUGCUUCAACUACAUUUUUGUGGGCCUAACUUCAUCUGGCACUUCUGUGAAAUCCCACCUCUGUUGGCAUUGUCCUGCACCUCAGCCUAUCUCAAUGAAGUCAUGGUCUUCAUUGCUGAUGUCUUCCUAGCCAUGGGGAACUUCCUACUGACCGGUAUGUUCUUUGCCUUCAUCAGCAGCAGCAUUCUCAAAAUUCAGAGCUCUGAAGGGAAGCGAAGGGCCUUCUCUACAUGUUCCUCACACCUUGUUGUGAUUGCCCUAUACUACUCUGCCAUUAUCUACACUUACAUUCGGCCGACCUCCAGCUACUCGCUGAAAAAGGACAAGCUAGUGGUCGUUCUGUACACGAUUGUGACUCCUGCACUGAAUCCUCUGAUCUACAGUCUGCGCAACAAAGAAGUCAAAGGUGCCUUAAGGAAAAUUCUUCCACUUAAGAGAGAGAGAGCUUGA